GAAACAAUGAAUGGCGUCUCCUGCAUAAACCAAAAGGUCAAGGAUCUUCUCUAGCAUAAAUGUGUGAAUUAAGAACAUCAAAAGCUGAUUAAUGGCUGAGGAGACCGUACGUUUGCCUAAUUCACCGGAUGUAAACAGAUCAUGGAGAAGGAUUUCUACUGGAAAACUGAGUUUUUUAUACACUGAAGAGAAAGUUCUUCCUAAUUAUCUCAGAUCUCCUACUGGUUCUUGUCAUGAUGCUUGCAAAUAUGGAAGGAAACAUGAAUCUGAAGACAAGCCAAGAGUUCCACAUCGGAAAAGGGCUAACAGAAGCUUUUCUGGAACUAUGAAUUUGGAUUCACCAUUGAGGAAGAAGGCAUUGACCAAACCGGUGUUGAAUCCUUCUUUUGGUUCUGGCAAAUAUGAUUCUGUUGGUGGCUUUGCUGAUCAUGCGAUUAGAAACUUUUCUAGUGGAGUUUGUGAUGUUAAGAAGAAUCAUGCAGAUAGAACAAAUGAAAAGGUAGUGCCUUUUUCUGAAUCUCAGUUAGCUGAUUCGACUAAGCGAAAGAAGAAGAAGAAGAAGACGGUCUAUGUGUCUCGCGGAAGAGCUAAAGAGAUUGUUGAACAUAACAGGCGUGUCACUGCUUUGAAGCUGAAAUCUGUUGCACAAACUGCAGCGAUAGCUCUUCGACGAAGUACUGUGAAGAGAAAGAAGAUGAAUGGCGGAGCAGAACCAAAGAAGGCAGUUACGCCUUUAAGAAGAGCCUCAAUGUCCUCAAAACGCUGUUCUCGAUGCUUGAAGAGAAAGAAGGAGAGUAAUAGCUUGAGUGUUCCUCUAAUGAAAACCAGGAAACAUGUGGGUGUGAAGUGUAAAGACUUGGUUGAAGAGAAAACUCUCUAUGUUAUUAAGAUGGAAAAAGGGGAUGAGAUUGUUGAAUCUGAAAAGAACCAGAGGUGUGUCAUGGAUUCACCUACUGAUGAUCCAAAAAGCGAAAAGAACCAAGACGAAGCUGAGUGUCUUGAGACUGAACCUGAUGAUGAAUCUUCUCAAGAAGAGGAAGAAGAAGAAGAUGAGAAUGUGUCUUUCUCUGAAGAUAAGAGCACAACAAUGGAAGGAAAAAGCAAAGCCCUCGUAAAUGGCAAUUCGACGAAACUGAGAAUCAAAAGAGGAAAGAUUAUAGAUUUUGGAUUACAAGGAAACAGUCCAAGAAAGCUCAAGUUCAAGAGAGGAAAAGUCGUCACAGGAACUGACACAACCUCGAAAUCCGGUGGUAAGAGACGCUUAAAGACCAAAGGAACCAACUUUAGCAACGACAAGGAACAACAACGCAAACCCAGAGUGGUUUUGAAACACCAAGACACACAGAAGAAGAGAGAAGCAAGAGUGUUGCUGUUCAACAAAGUUAUUAAGGAAACAGCUAAUAAGCUUGUGCAGACUCGCAAGAGCAAAGUUAAGGCUUUAGUGGGUGCUUUUGAGUCUGUCAUAUCUCUCCAAGAAAAGACUUCUUCUGCAACAAUAUAAACACAUAAAAAUGAUUAUAACCAGAAGAAUCUCUAACUAAAUAAUCUUUUAUUUUUUCUUUCACUUGUGUUUAUGUAUGUAUGUAAAGAUAUGUAGAGUUUGUAAGAGUGCAAUGACUCGCAUAAGAUUCUACAAUUUGUGGGAGUUAUUAUGUGUAAUCGAAUGUCUAACUGUUGUCUUUCCAAGACUUGUGAAUUGUGUGAUUUGGAUACAUAAAAGAAUAAGAAGGUUAUGUUUUA